CUUACAUUGGUUUAUUUUAUUUUUAUACACACUAAAAUAAUGUUUACGUUUUACAUAUUUUUUACUCUGUGCGCGUAUGUGCUUGCAGGUCCGAGAGUACCAGAAUCUGAAUGGACAGAUCUCGACCGCUAUGUAUUCACAAAUGAUCCAGAAUACAGUUAUUUCAAACAAACUGAAUACAGAACUGCAACUAUUACUACACAUAUUAUACGUAUGACCUCACAGAGAUGGAUGACUGAUACGUUCAGCAGUCAAUCACUAUGGUGGCAUCACUUGGCCAUUGUUAUACCUGACCAGCUGAAUUUCCCGGAUGCAGCCAUCUUGACAAUUGAAAUGGGAGAUCAAACAGAUGAUCUCCCCACUCCUGAGAACAACGACUUGCUGUUCUACAGUGGCGAGUACGCUGCUGCAGUAGGGGUUGUGGCAGUACUACUCCGUCAGAACCCCAAUCAGCCAAUCACAUUCCCAGCUGAUGACAGACAGCUCAGUAGGUUUGAAGAUGAGAUAAUUGCAUGGACGUGGAGAAAGUACAUGCUAGAUGGAGGGAGGAACGGCACGGCUAGGACUAGCAGCAUUCUACAAUUUCCAAUGACAAAGGCGGCAAAGGCAGCACUGGAUACUGUGCAAGAUUUCUGUUAUACGAAUAAUCAACUGAACAUCACUAGGUUUAUGGUCACAGGGGCGUCUAAGAGAGGAUGGGCGACAUAUCUGAUCGCAGCAUUAGAUGACAGAGUCGUUGCUAUGGCACCACAAGUCUUCACUGUCCUCAACUUCAGAGCUAAUAUCAAGCACCACUACAGAUCGCUGGGUGGAUACUCUUGGGCAUUUGGGGAUUACUGGAGAGAAAAUCUCACCUCUGAAGUUGACUCGCCAUUAACUGAUGAAAUCAUGGCGCUCAUUGAUCCAUAUGCGUAUCGUUCCCGUUAUAACGGAAUGCCCAAGCUUAUUAUCAACGCUGCUGGGGACGAGUUCUUCCUCAAUGAUGACUCCCAUUACUUUUGGAACGAUCUUCCAGAACCAAAAUACUACUGGAUGAUUGAAAAUACCAACCACGCACUAAUCGGUGCAAUUGAAGAGGUCUAUGAAAAUCUACAAGCAUUUUACAAGAUCGUGUUGAAUGGCUGGAACUUCCCAGAGUUCACAUGGACAAGGGAAACGACAACUGACGGCGCAAGGAUCACUGUGACAGCUAGAUCGCUAACACCAACUCUGACGUCAUGGGAGGCUGAUACGUCUGAUGACAUUCGCCGUGACUUCCGACUUCUUAGGCUGCCUAUCAAUGGCGGAGACACUCCAGAAGCCAAUGAUGUGCUCUGGAUCGAGGACGCUGGCAACGUGGACGAUUUGGGAGGCGGUCGAUGGAGUGCUGAUGUUGACUACUCUGAACUGACUGGCAAUCUCUGGAGGGCAUUCUUCAUUCAGGCGACAUUCACAAUAGAUGAUGGGGAUGACCUAAGUCUAAGCACGGAAUGCCAUCAUAUACCUGACGUAUUCCCCUUCCCUCCCUGUUCGGGUGCGCAGUGCUACGGAAAACUCGUCUAAAGAGCGAAAUUUACCCAUGUAUCCAACAUAUUAUCAAACAAACCAGACAUUUUUUCCGAAUUAUGUUGAUUUAAAAUGGUACGUCGUCAUGGGUUACACAGGGUCUACUCUCUCUCUCUGGACAAAACUAGAUACUCUCACAAUUUUUAGCUGAAGAGAGACUCUGAUAAAUCGGAAUGGCAAUAUUAUUUUUAGAUAAAAAAUCAAAUCCGAUGAGCUCUGCGUUCUGUCUAUUGAUUAGAUACAUACUUUGCGCUUAUCUUCAAUUCAGAUUUACACGUUUGGGAUGUUAAAAUAUCACACCUUUUAAGUAAUUCGCUACUAAGACAAAUACAGUUUCUAUACUGAAGUGGAGAAAUAAUCGAAACCAUACGCCAAAUCUAUACAAUAUUAGUUGUGCAACAUGUAUUUUAUUUUAUCUUGUACAAAUACGUUUAUCGAAUUCGAAAAACAACUCUGUUUCCAUUAAAACAUCAAUAUUUCAAAUGAACUCAUCCACCAUCUCUAAAGAAAGCCAGUAGAAUCGAGUUCCAAUGUGAUUGUAAUAAAAAUAGAGCAACUAAUAAAAGUAUGAAUAAAAAUGAUAUAAUGUCAAUGUAAGCG